AUGGCAAACAAUUCGGUUCCAUUUCAAAUGCUUCGAUUCACCAAAGAUAACUAUGAAAAUUGGUGUAUCCGUAUGAAGGCAAUUUUGGGAGCACAAGAUGUGUGGGAAGUUGUUUCCAAAAGUUAUGAUGAGCCAGAAGAUGAGGCAACUUUGUCUCAAGCCGAAAAAGAUGUUUUACAAGCCAUGAGAAAGAAGGACCAAAAGGCGGUGAUGACCAUCCAUCAAUGUUUGGAUGAUGGAAUGCUACAAAGAGUUGCUAGUGCAGAAAAUGCAAAGCAACUAUGGGAGAUUCUUCAAAAUUCCUUCCAAGGAGUUGAUAAAAGUGAAGAAGAUCAACUAAGGAGAUAUGACGAAACCACCAUGACUGAUACAAGGGUCGUUGAAAAGAUCCUUCGGUCGUUGGAUUCCAAAUUCAACUACAUUGUUGUAGCCAUUGAAGAGUCAAAGGAUUUGGAUUCCAUGACUGUUGAUCAACUCAUGGGUUCGUUGCAAGCUCAUGAAGAAAAAGUGGUGAAGAAACAAGAAGCAUUGGAGCAAGUGCUACAAACAAAGUUUUUGCUGAACGAAAGAGACGAAAAACAUGGAAGAAAUCAAAGGGGCCGAGGACGUGGAAAUGCACGUGGCCGAGGAAGAGGAAGAGGCCGUGGAAGAGGAGAAAGAAGCGGUCAACACACAACCAACAAUGAAGAAAAAAUCCAUGACUCACAACAAAUAAGAGGUCGUGGUAGAGGAAAUUACUCAAGGUCAUAUGGAAGGAGGUAUGAUAAGUCUCAAAUUCAAUAUUAUAAUUGUCAAAAGUAUGGUCAUUAUGCUUCGGAGUAUAGAAAUGUUGCUAACGAUGUUGAAGAAAAGGCGAAUUAUGUUGAUGAAGAAGUGGAGCCUACUUUGUUGUUAGCAUACAAAUGUGAAAGGAGUGAUCAAGAAGAUGUGUGGUAUCUUGACACCGGUGCUAGCAACCAUAUGUGUGGUAGCAAAGAGAAGUUCGUUGAUAUUGAUGAAUCAAUAAAUGGCAAGGUAACAUUUGGAGACUUAUCACAAAUUCCGGUAAGAGGGAAAGGUUCCAAUGACAAAGAACCGGAUGUUUUUGCUAAAUAUUCAAGCCGACGAGGCUAA